UUUCAGUGCUUCUACAUCCUGUGCACCUUCAUGGUGGAGAUCAACGCCGCGUCCAACUUCCUUCUCUACUGUUUCUUCGGGAAAAAGUUCCGCAUGAUGCUGCUGAACAUCCUCGGCCUCAAGAGGAAGAAACAUCACGUGGCCUACAGGAGCACCGUCUGCAAGUCACGGACCAACGGGACCAGGAUAUACGAGAUGGAGGUGUCCGUCAUGUGA